GCUCUAUAAAUAUUAUUUUGUGGCGCCCUGACUCUCGAGUUAAUUACAUUUACAUGAUUAGCUCAAUCAGGUAACAUUAAUUACGGAGAAAUUAUUUUAUAGAAUAGCAUGUCAUUUUUUUUAUAAUUCAGAAAACAUGAAUUCAUAAAACAUGUGACCAUCCGUCUGUAGUUCCACAGUAGGCUAGGCUACUGCCAGACCAGAGAUCCCUUGUAAAAAAAAUAACUCAAUGGCACUCACCUGGAUCGGUAAAGUAUGAAUAGGUCAAGACAAAAACGUCUUAUUUUAACUGGUGUGAAUAAUGCUUCAAGACUGAUUUUUGUACACCUUUCUGUCUCUCUCUCUCUGUAUGUCUCUCUCUCUCUCUGUCUGUAUGUCUCUCUCUCACACCCACACACACACACACACACACACACACACACACAGCAUCUCCUUGGCACCUCUGUCUUUUCUCUCAUGCUGCUACCUCUGGUGUUGUCUUGUGACAGCAACCGGACCAUGAGAGAGAUCGCUGAGGACUACGAGUCUGUCAUCUCCCUGCUCCUUCAGAAGCUUGAGAACAACCUCACUGAAUCAUUAAAAGUGUCUCAUAAAAGCUGCACAGGUGAAAUGCCUGAAUGUGAGAAGGAUAACGAAAGACAGUUUAUUUACAACAUGAUGUGUAGCCAUACCAGACUCAUUAGGCUCUUUAAGCUAGAGAGGCUCAAGAGAGAAAUCCUGUGCUCACUGGGCCACUACUGUCCUAGAAAACAGAGGAGUUCACAAGGACAGCACACAACCCAUCGGCAUCAGAGGAGAAAGAGGAAGAAGCCAGGAGGGGAAACGGUGGAGGAGAAAGAGAGAACGGAGGAGAACAGAGGGACCACGGAGGGAGGGGAGAGGUUGAACAGUUGGAAACAGCAGGGACGAGAGAGAAAGGAGAGACGCAGGAGCACAGAGGCCAUGAAAAGGAGGCGUAGACAGUGUGGACUGAAGGUGUUUGUGGUCAGCCUGAAGGAGUGCUACAUGUCUCUGGCUGAAAGACAUGGAGACCUGAAGUGAGAGGAGAGAUGCGGCCGAGCUAACCCCACCAAGCAUUUAUUUACCACUUUCUUGCAGGUAUACCCCUUUAUACAUAUCAGUGGGUAACUGGCAAAAUCCGAGGGGUGGAGAGUGUUUUUAAACCAUGGGGGCUGUUUGAAUUUCAAAUUAGGGAGGAGUUAAACAAUUAAGUGUUAAUUCAUUUACCUGCAAAAAAAGCAAAGAGAAACAUUCACACAGAUUCCUGUCUUUUGUUUACAGGCUCUGUGAAAAUGCAGGAACCAUGACUACGUGUUUAGGUGUUUUUUAUUUUCCAUGCUUUCUACACCUUUCAUAAGCUAGGUUUCCAUUCAACUGGAGACAGACGUGAAUAGUCUAAAAUGCACGUAACAAAAUAUGCACAUUUUCCCACCUGACAUGUUUCCAUCAAAUUGACUUGUCUACUGCUGAUAAAAGGCUGUGUGUUAGGAUGGAAGGCACAUAAAAAUUACUUUUGUAGUUAAAUUACCACGUACAGAAUAAAACAUACAAGUUAAAUGGGUUUCGAUUGCAUUUUCAACUCUGAUGGUUUUGUCACUAAACAUGUUGAGUUAUAUAACGAAUGUACCCACUCAGGUAUUGAUGUACCCACUCAGGUAUUGAUGUACCCACUCAGGUAUUGAUGUACCCACUCAGGUAUUGAUGUACCCACUCAGGUAUUGAUGUACCCACUCAGGUAUUGAUGUACCCACUCAGGUAUUGAUGUACCCACUCAGGUAUUAAUGUACCCACUCAGGUAUUAAUGUACCCACUCAGGUAUUAAUGUACCCACUCAGGUAUUAAUGUACCCACUCAGGUAUUGAUGUACCCACUCAGAUAUUGAUGUACCCACUCAGGUAUUGAUGUACCCACUCAGGUAUUGGCAUGUACCCACUCAGGUAUUAAUGUACCCACUCAGGUAUUGAUGUACCCACUCAGGUAUUGAUGUACCCACUCAGAUAUUGAUGUACCCACUCAGGUAUUAAUGUACCCACUCAGGUAUUGAUGUACCCACUCAGAUAUUGAUGUACCCACUCAGGUAUUGAUGUACCCACUCAGGUAUUGGCAUGUACCCACUCAGGUAUUAAUGUACCCACUCAGGUAUUGAUGUACCCACUCAGAUAUUGAUGUACCCACUCAGGUAUUGAUGUACCCACUCAGGUAUUGGCAUGUACCCACUCAGGUAUUAAUGUACCCACUCAGGUAUUGAUGUACCCACUCAGGUAUUGAUGUACCCACUCAGAUAUUGAUGUACCCACUCAGGUAUUAAUGUACCCACUCAGGUAUUGAUGUACCCACUCAGAUAUUGAUGUACCCACUCAGGUAUUGAUGUACCCACUCAGGUAUUGGCAUGUACCCACUCAGGUAUUAAUGUACCCACUCAGGUAUUGAUGUACCCACUCAGGUAUUGAUGUACCCACUCAGAUAUUGAUGUACCCACUCAGGUAUUGAUGUACCCACUCAGGUAUUGGCAUGUACCCACUCAGGUAUUA